ACCAGUAACAAACGGUCCGCGGUGCGAGUGUGACGCGUUUUGCAGUUAGCCAUAAGCCGGGUCUAACAUUGCAAAUAUUGUUAUAGACGGUUUCAAUUCACCCGAAAGUUAACGUGUUGUGUACAGUGAAUUAUCUUAAAAGGUUGUAUCUUAAAUGCGUUCCGCAUUCUUGCGUAAUAACUCAUUAGUUGUUUUUGCUUAACUAAACGUUAAAGAGUGCCCUCGUGUACGAGGAUCCCAAGUGUAUGAAAGUGUAAUAUGAGUGGUUGGCGUUAACGCUCGUGAAGUUAUGUUUAUCAAGGCCGGGCCUGUGGCCCCCGAAGAUGAGCGCCGAGGAUCCGUUUCUAAUUGGUUUUCCUCAUUGAGACGAGGAGGGCGACGAAAACGCGAAGACAGUGGCGUUCCAACUAAUUAUGGUUCCUUGGGAAGGCGAAAAGAUGGGACUCAAACGCGCGGCAAAACGAGAUCCGCAUGGGACUUAACAACUGUAACUAGAAUGCAACUUAAAGAUGAACUCGGCGAAGUGGUUGCAGAAUUGGAGGGUCUCGACGGCCAGGAGGAGUGCAAGCAGAACAGUAAGGCCAAACAGAUGAGCAUAGGCAGGAAAAAAUUCAAUAUGGAUCCCAAAAAAGGUAUAGAGUAUUUGUACGAGAACGGAUUACUACAAAGGACACCGGAGGACGUAGCGCAAUUCCUUCACAAAGGCGAGGGGCUGAGUAAAACCGCGAUAGGCGAUUACCUCGGCGAGCGCUCGGAAUUCAAUGAGGCGGUACUCAGAGCCUUCGUUGAACUUCACGACUUUACAGACUUGAUACUCGUACAGGCGUUAAGACAAUUCCUCUGGAGUUUUCGAUUGCCUGGUGAGGCGCAAAAGAUCGACCGCAUGAUGGAGAGUUUCGCGCAACGGUACUGCCAACUGAACCCCGACAUAUUCACGAACGCGGACACGUGUUAUGUGCUCAGCUUUGCAAUAAUAAUGCUGAAUACGUCCUUACAUAACCCCAGUGUGAAGGACAAGCCGACGCCGGAACAGUUUGUGGCUAUGAACCGAGGGAUCAACAAUGGGGGGGAUCUGCCUCAGGAGUUGCUCUUGUCCUUAUACGAGUCGAUAAAGACGGAGCCGUUCAAGAUUCCCGAGGACGACGGUAAUGAUCUCAUGCAUACCUUCUUCAACCCGGACAAGGAGGGGUGGCUGUGGAAACAGGGCGGAAGAUACAAAUCAUGGAAGAGAAGAUGGUUCAUUUUGAACGACAACUGCCUUUACUAUUUCGAAUACACAACGGAUAAGGAGCCAAGGGGAAUCAUUCCAUUAGAAAAUAUAUCUGUCCGUCCAGCGAGCGACCGUCAGCGGCCGCACUGCCUGGAGCUGUACGCGAGCGGCGGCGCCGACCUCAUCAAGGCGUGCAAGACAGACUCCGAGGGGAAGGUCGUCGAGGGGAAACAUACUGUGUACAGAAUGUCAGCAGCAACAGCGGAGGAGCGGGACGAGUGGAUCGAGUGCUUGCGGCGCUCCAUCAGCCACAACCCGUUCUACGACAUGCUCGCGCAGCGCAAGAAGAAGGCGCAGCACAGUGUGCACUCGGCCCACUAGCGCAGUGUGUACCGGACCUUGCGGGUGCAGUGUUGAGUGAACACACGGUCGUGUACUGUAAGGUGUGAGCUCACUGUGGGUAGUGUACUGAUUACCAUCAGCAAUUCGACUACAGUGUGUACCGGGCUUUUCAUAUAGUGAGCUGUGAAUCCACGGUCCAGUAUAGUGUGUGCUGGCUGUAAAGCAAGAAUGUACUAAUUACCAUCAAGCAACUAGUAUUCAGUGUGUAACGGUCUUUACAUGCUGUGAAGUGUUGAGCUGUGUUAUCUAUUUGGCGAGCAUUCUAAUUAACAUCAAGCAAUGCGCAAAUGUGCACAGUGUCUUAUUUUUAUUGAUAGUGUCAUGUUAUGCUGCGAACACACAAUAAAGUGUGUGCUGCUUUUAAAGGCAAGAGCUCACUCUAUUUCCAAUGUACCAGUGUUGUAUCAUCACUAUCAAGAUGUGUGGUAGUAUACUCUACAGGAUAACACAGUGUGUACUGAUCUUUACUGGUGGACAUAUUAUUAUGCUGUGGAUAUACGAUUCAUGCUUGUUUGUUCAAAGAGGAUAACUCACUCCAAAAACAUUUCAAGUUCACAAUGCAACAGAGUCAUAUGGACAUGAUAGAAAGAAGAAAUGGUACAAAGAGUUCGCUCAUGUUAGCAGUGUGUAAUGGACAUAAUUUAUAUAGUUGAAUUAAAAAUUAUUCGAUUCAGAAAAUGGGUUCGUAAAGGGUGGCAGUGUAUUGUAUGGGCGAUAUUAAGGUGAUAACUCAUUGAUAAAUAAAUUAUCUUAAGCGUAAUGCUAAAUAGCAACUCAUUUGGUUAAUGAGAUUCAUUAGCCAUAUUAAUAUUAUUUUGUCAAAAGAAGGGAUAAAUGUUCUAAUGCAGCUAAAACGCGCUGUGUGACAUCAAACACAACAAGUAAUGCGUAAUUUUUUUCGUGGGUAAAUACAGUUUUGUUUCUUUUAUAUAGAUAUUCCAAUGCAAUAACAAUUUCGGGUUGAUCAGUUUGUACUUUUUAGUGGUAAUAAAGGCACUAAAACAUUUGUUUAUUUACACAGAUAAAAAAAAAAUAUUAGUACGGCAAUAUUAAUUGAAACUGAAGUUUUUAUAUCAUGAAGUAAUCCAGUAGAUAAGAGAUUUUUUGCAAUCGUUGCAAUAGUUCUUUGAAAGAAUAAGUAAAAAAAGAAUGAUAAUAAGGUUAUUAGUGAAACCAUUAUUUUACACUUUACAGAAUAUCAUUAAUAAAAACAGUGUCUUAAAAUUGAAGUAAUAAUUUAAUUUUCGAAAUAAGUCGAUGUAUAUUUCAUUAAUUAUUAUUAUUGUGUAUGUAUUUGUGUCUUUGUGAUUGUAAUAUUUGAUUUAAGAUUUAUUUUUAAUUAUAAUAUUUUAUAGCAAUAAAAGAUUAUUUUAUGUUUUCGUAGAUUAAGUAUUGUAGUCGUCCACAUGCAAUGAAUUAUUGUGAAAUGUGAUAAAUAACAAUGUGACCGUUAAACAUUGUUCUGUAUAUAUAUUGAGUAAUUAAUUAUCGUUAGUAAUGUCCAUGUAAAUAACGAAAGCAAGACUGAAAGCGUACAUACAUUGCUUUUUAAUGGUUCGCGUUAUAAAGCUGGGAAACAAGAAUAAAAUCGUAUAUAUUUUUAUAUAAAUUAGAUUCGCUUUAAAAAAAACUAAUAAAUUUAAUAUAGUGCAAAAUGAUUUCUUGGUAAUAAAAAAUAAUGAUGAAAGGUUAGUGAAUAGUGAUGUUGGCUAUAAUCAUUUAUAAUUUUAUUAGCUAUUGUUAGGAAAUACAUAUUGUUCAUUGAAAUGGUUGCGGUUAUAAAAUACUAGAUUUCCGCCCGCGGCUUCGCCCGCGUUUGCAAAGGAAAACCCGCAUAGUUCCCGUUCCCGUGGGAUUUCCGGGAUAAAAACUAUCCUAUGUGUUAAUCCAAGUUAACCUU